CUGGCCCUCGAACCGAGCGGAAGUGCAUCCUAUAAUUACGAGGAUCUGGAUGAAGCAUGGUCCGCCAUCAGGUUUCACUUUGGUGGCAAGAUUGGCCUGGAUUCGAUGUUAUACUGUUUGAUGAAGCAUAAUUACAAUAUCGAUGAAAUGUUAGAAAAUAUUGAGAUGGAGCAAUGGAAGAACCUUUCGAAGAUUCUCGCUUUUUUUGGUGUAUCUUAUGUGACGUACGUAUAUGUGUUCACCAAUUUUCAACAUCUUAGGCUAAACUUAGCACAGCAGAACGUGAGAUCUGAAAGGAAACAACUUCGGUACUAUUCAAGACAGUUUAUGCGCCAAUAUUAUGUGGGAGAGAUUAUUGACUAUUAUCUUUUAAAGCAUAUGUGCAUGAACGAUAUACGCGAUGUAGCUGUCGCGAAAGAUGGUGAUUCUCCUUUGACAGAGUAUGGUGCCUGGGAUCUUAAUGUGAUGUACCAUGCCAAAGCUGUAGGCCGGUGA